GGACGGAGUAUCUAUCCUUUACCCAUUCCGAUCCCCCACAAAGUUGGAGGCUGGAACCCUAAACCAAAUCUUCGUACUUACGAAGAAACCUUCCCAACGUGAUUGAUAAUAAUCACUCUCUCUUCCCCCAAAUCGCUCGCAUUCACUCAAUCCCAGCAUCGCCUGAAUCCUAAACCAGUGUGGACAUUUAUCAGUUUCACCUCAGCCGUUCAAGGUUAUCUCUAUUACCAUAAUCCGUCCGCUGACUUCCUAUCAGGACCCGCCCAAUAUCGUAGUUUUCCCUAUGGCCACCGCCACCGAUGCAACUGCCAAAUUUCAGCAGCCGGACCUCAUACCGAUCCCGCAACCGCCGGAUUAUCACCCGGAGAUCCUCGUUUUGCCUGCUCACGACGGCCUCCACUCCUGGCAGUUCAUGGUCGCGGGGUCAGUGGCCGGCAUGGUGGAGCACAUGGCCAUGUUCCCAAUUGAUACGAUCAAGACCCGAAUGCAAGCCUUAGUGUGUUGCCCAAUCAAAUCCGUCGGCGUCCGCCAGGCUCUUCAGUCCAUCCUAAAAUCCGACGGCGUUCGUGGGCUUUACCGCGGAAUAGGAGCAAUGGGUCUGGGUGCCGGCCCAGCACACGCGGUCUACUUCUCCGUCUACGAGUUAUGUAAAGAGUCAUUCUCCCGUGGGAAUCCAAAUAACCCAGCCGCCCAUGCCGCAUCCGGGGUGUGCGCCACAGUGGCCAGCGACGCAGUCUUCACGCCAAUGGAUAUGGUGAAACAGAGGCUCCAACUGAGCAGCAGCCAGUACAAGGGGGUGUUUGAUUGCGUGAGGGUGGUUUUGAGAGAGGAAGGGGUUAGUGCUUUUUACGCUUCCUAUAAGACAACUGUGUUGAUGAAUGCCCCAUUCACAGCUGUGCAUUUUGCUACUUAUGAGGCGGCAAAGAGAGGUUUGUUAGAAGUUUCUCCUGAGAAUGCAAGUGAUGAACGGUUAGUAGCACAUGCUACUGCAGGGGCGGCUGCUGGGGUUUCAGCUGCCUUGUUUACAACGCCACUUGAUGUGGUUAAAACUCAGCUGCAGUGUCAGGGCGUAUGUGGAUGUGACAGAUUUAAAAAUAGUUCAAUUAGGGAUGUGCUCAAAACAAUCGUAAAGAAAGAUGGGUAUAGUGGACUGAUGAGGGGUUGGAUGCCCAGGAUGCUCUUCCAUGCUCCAGCAGCUGCAAUAUGCUGGUCCACGUAUGAAGCUUCUAAAUCCUUCUUUCAAGAUUUGAACACUACCACUAACCGCAGAAAUGCUACCUGAAAAUCUCCCGAAGAGCAGUCAUUGGCUGUUUUUGUCAUUUACACCUCGGGUUUUUGCCGCAACCAUUGUGGGGCCACUAGGAUGACAGGAGAUGAGAUUAGCGUAUGCAACCUGUGGCAAAUGUCAUGUAGUGAUGUAGAGGAAGUGUAUUUGUAAGAGUUACAAUAAGUGUAUCUCAAAAAGUCAGUAAUAGAUGAAAUUUUGUGGAGCUAGAUAUGAAUCUGCCCCCGACACCAUGGAGUAUGUUACACGGCAACAGAUCAUCCGGGUUUUUUCUUUUGACAUUGGUAAUUUGUAAACGCACACCCGGAUAGAGUAGGUGGGACCAUGGGAGUGGCUGUCAUGGGCCUGUCAUUGGCUACCAGUUCUGUUUACUACGAGAGAAUUAUUAUAUUUUAUUUAUCCCUUACAAUAACAAUUCUCUUAUUUCUUCAUCA